GUGAUGCCACGCGUUCUGCGAUCUGUGGGCCUGGACUUCUGGGUAUUGUAGUCGCUGGAGGCGGGCGCCGUCGGUAAGGAGACGUAGCUUUCCUUGGGGUUUGCUACUGCAGUUGUUUCCCGGAGGGAUACGCCGGGGAUGGAAGCUUCCUGGCGCCAGGUGGCCGGUGGUCGAGGCCGAGCCCGAGGACGAGCCACUGCGGCCCCCUCCUCAGGAAAUGGAGUCCAUCUCCGCGGCGCCGGAGGAGGGCGAGAGAAGGGGUCGGUGGGCGCUGCUGGUCCCGGCCUCAGCCUCGGAGGAGCGGCCACCCCUGCGGCUGCAGGUACCUCAGCGCGGUGCAGCCCCGCGGGGUCUGAAGCGCCGCAGACUUCCGUGGCCGGUGCAGAGCUAAUGUCUCAAAAGAAAUUUGAGGAAAUCAAGAAGGCUAAUCAGGCUGCAGCCAAAAAAAUUGUUGAAGAACACUUUAGCUCUUCAUCUGAAGAAGAAGGGGAUGAAGAUUUUGAAGGAAAAAGAGGAAAAAUAGUUGCUAAUACAUUUAUAACUUAUACUACUCAGACAGAUGGAGAUGUACGAGAAUUAGAGAGAACGAAACAGUACGUCAAUGAAGCUUUUCAAGCUGGGGCUAUGACAUGCUUAAUUUGUAUUGGUUCGGUGAAGAGAAACCAAGCAGUUUGGAGUUGUUCAGGAUGUUUCUGUAUAUUUCACAUGCCCUGUAUCCAGAAGUGGGCUAAAGACAGCCAGUUUCUGGUAUCUUCUCUGACGGAUGAUGAUUUUGGAAAGAGGGAUUAUCCCUGGCCUUGUCCCAAAUGUAGGUUUGAAUACAAACGAUCUGACACACCUAGUAGGUACUAUUGCUAUUGUGGAAAAGUGGAAGAUCCACCUUUAGAUCCGUGGCUUGUGCCUCAUUCAUGUGGCCAAGUAUGUGAGAGAGAUUUUAAACCUUCUUGUGGCCACAAAUGUUUACUCCUCUGCCAUCCGGGUCCUUGCCCCCCUUGUCCCAAGAUGGUCACAACUACUUGUUAUUGUAAGAAAGCAAAACCUGUCCCUCGCCGGUGCAGUGCUAAGGAAUGGUCCUGUCAGCUGCCAUGUGGGCGGAAAUUGCUUUGUGGACAACAUAAAUGUGAAAAUCCCUGUCACGCAGGAAGUUGCCCACCCUGUCCAAGAGUUAGUAGACAAAAGUGUGUCUGUGGCAAACGAGUAGCUGAAAGAAGCUGUGCAAGUCCACUGUGGCACUGUGAUCUAGUAUGUGGGAAGACACUACCAUGUGGUAAUCAUACAUGUGAGCAAGUUUGCCAUGUAGGUGCUUGUGGAGAUUGUCCUCGAUCUGGGAAAAGGUUCUGUCCGUGUCAGAAGUCAAAAUUUUCCUUGCCUUGUACAGAAGAUGUACCAACUUGUGGAGACAGUUGUGACAAAGUACUUGAAUGUGGAAUCCAUAGAUGUUCACAGCGUUGUCACCGAGGCCCUUGUGAAACAUGUAGACAAGAAGUGGAAAAGCAUUGUCGCUGUGGGAAGCAUACAAAACGAAUGCCGUGCCAUAAAACUUAUCUUUGUGAAACUAAGUGUGUUAAGAUGCGGGACUGUCAGAAGCAUCAGUGUAGGAGAAAGUGUUGCCCUGGAAACUGUCCACCUUGUGAUCAAAACUGUGGACGGACUUUAGGAUGUAGAAACCAUAAGUGUCCAUCUGUCUGCCAUAGAGGUAGUUGUUAUCCUUGCCCAGAAACUGUAGAUGUGAAGUGCAAUUGUGGUAAUACAAAGGUGACAGUACCCUGUGGCCGAGAACGUACCACAAGACCCCCCAAGUGCAAAGAGCAGUGCAGUCGUCCACCAACUUGCCAUCAUACAAGUCAAGAGAAACAUCGCUGUCACUUUGGCUCUUGUCCUCCAUGCCAUCAACCGUGCCAAAAGGUUUUGGAGAAAUGCGGUCACUUAUGUCCUGCUCCAUGUCAUGAUCAAGCAUUAAUAAAGCAAACUGGCAGGCACCAGCCUGCAGGCCCCUGGGAACAGCCUUCUGAGCCAGCGUUUAUUCAGGCUGCACUGCCGUGUCCUCCAUGUCAGGUUCCUAUUCCUAUGGAAUGUCUUGGAAAACAUGAGGUGAGCCCUAUACCGUGUCAUGCUGUAGGACCUUAUUCUUGUAAGAGAGUUUGUGGACGAACCUUAAAUUGUCAGAAUCAUACAUGUAUGAAAGAGUGUCACAAAGUAACUGAAACAGAUUCCUGCACUGGCAAAAAAAAGGCUGGCCCGGAAUGCCUUCGCUGUGAGGAAGGGUGCUCUAAGUCACGGCCGUCGGGGUGUCCUCACCCGUGUGUCCUGCCGUGUCACCCUGGAGAGUGCCCUCCUUGUGCUCAGAUGCUCAGGAUAAAAUGUCACUGCAAGAUCACAAGUCUUUAUGUGGAAUGUAGAAAAAUAACCACAGCUGAUGUAAAUGAAAAGAAUCUCUUGAGUUGUUGUAAAAAUCAGUGUCCUAAAGAGCUUCCUUGUGGUCAUAGAUGCAAAGAAAUGUGUCAUCCUGGUGAAUGUCCCUUUAAUUGUAACCAAAAGGUGAAACUUAGAUGUCCUUGUAAAAGAAUAAAAAAGGAAGUGCAGUGCAACAAAGUACGUGAAAAUCAGAUUUCCAUAGAAUGUGACACAACAUGCAAAGAGAUGAAGCAGAAAGCAUCUGAGUUAAAAGAAGCAGAAGCCAAAGCUGCCCUUGAAGAGGAAAAACGAAGACAACAGGCUGAACUGGAAGCUUUUGAAAACAGACUGAAGGGUCGUCGGAAGAAGAACAGGAAGAGAGAUGAAGUGGCAGUUGAGCUAACCCUAUGGCAGAAGUAUAAAUAUUACCUCUUUCCACUGUGUGCAGUUGUGGUAGUAGUGUUUGCAUGGUACAUAGCCCGGGCUAUGGAUUAGAAAAUGUUUGACUUGUUAAUAUACCUCAGAUUAGAUUUAGAUAAAUUGUUAAAUUUGGAAUAUUAGAAAGCAGACGUUGUAGAACACAGUAUAUAUUCACAUUCAUCUCUGUAUUCUCUUUGAACUCUUGUUAGAAGGAUAGAAUGUUAAGCUUUACCUUAAUUAGCAUCCUAAAAGUGGCACUAUAACAGUAUUUAAUAGUGAAAGCAUGACUGAAAUUGUAAAAUAUUUCAUAAGGCAUAGACAGUGGCAAGGUAACUUGUCGGUUGUUUGUUGUGCUUCCUUGUAUCAACAUACCUAUUUCAUUUACUAUUUCAAGCCAUCUUUUUCUUUUUUGGCAAAAUUAAGAUGAAACUGAGCCAUAUGUGUAGAGGAAUAUUUCACAAUGUUGUGGUUACUUAUUAAAAGGUACUUUUCCUGAUCAUGUAACUUUGUACUUUUUAAAAAAUAUAUAUUCUGUAAAUGACCUCUUAAAUUAUAACAUGAAGCCAUAUAAUUAGACUCCAGAAGUUGGUUUAUUAGUGAGGAAUUUUUAUCGGUUAUUAAAAUUUUAUGUAGUAUGUUCCUCAGAGGAAAAUGUAAUUGUUUUAAAAAAAAUGCUAGGCUAGAAUCCUUACAUGUGGUUAUUUCUCAUGUAAGAAGCUUUUACCUGAAGUUGGCAUGUUCUGUAAAACUUUUUAUGUGUUUUUUUUUCAAAGUAAUAAUAAAAGAAAAACUAUGAGCAAAA